UGAUGCAUCACACUUAUUCACACAUUCACACGGGCUGGAUAGAUAGUUCGUACCACAAGACCAAAGGAACACUAACCGUAUUCUGUGGUCUUCACUGUAAUACGGAGUACUUCGUAGUUGAUUACUCAAUCAGAUUACACAAAUUGCGAAGAGAUUUAGAUUUAGGGUUGCAACAAACAAUGAUUUCAGAACUUUUAGUUUGAUUUCGAAAUAUUCAAUCUCUGUUGAUUAUUCCUCUGCUUAAUCUACACUUAUCGCUCAGCGCAUUUAUAAUUUCGCAAUCUACUCUACUACUGUCAACUCUUUCUUCCAUUGCCCCUCGUGCGAUUUCCCGGUUUUCUCAAGAAGGGUUGAGAAUUUGACCUGAAAUCUACUGAGAUGCCGAAAUUUCGUGUUGGAGGGAAAGUCGUUGAUGGAGUUGAUUUGUUGAGGAAGAAGCACAAGCUAUGGAGACUCGACGUGUGGCCAUUCACCAUUCUCUAUGUUCUUUGGUUGACGAUGAUUGUUCCUAGCUUGGACAUAACUGAUGCUUUGAUAGCUCUUGGAGGUCUUGUCACCUUCCACAUUCUGAUCCUGCUUUUCACAGCUUGGUCUGUGGAUUUCAAAUGCUUUGUACAAAAUAAUAAGGUUGAUGAUAUUCACCAAGCAGAUUUUUGCAAAAUAACUCCAGCGAAGUUCUGUGGUUCAAAGGAAAUUGUCCCACUUGAGUUCCGCAAACUAGCAGGUUCUGCGGAGAAUGAUGAAGAAAUUUUCUUUGAUUUCAGAAAGCAAAGGUUUAUCUAUUCAAAGGAAAAGGAAACAUUCAACAAGCUUCCUUUCCUUACUAAACAAACAUUUGGAUUUUAUCUAAAAAAUACUGGACAUGGCUCUGAAGCUAAAGUGGUUGCUGCCUCGGAGAAAUGGGGACGCAAUGUAUUUGAUUACCCCCAACCAACUUUUCAGAAACUAAUGAAAGAACACUGCAUGGAACCCUUUUUUGUUUUCCAGGUCUUCUGUGUAGGUCUUUGGUGUUUAGAUGAAUUCUGGUACUACAGUAUAUUCACUUUAUUCAUGCUGCUCAUGUUUGAAUCAACUAUGGCAAAAACUCGUUUAAAAACUUUGACGGAGCUUAGACGUGUACGAGUUGAUAGCCAGACCCUAAUGGCGUAUCGUUGUGGCAAGUGGGUGAAGCUUUGUGGAACAGAUCUUCUUCCUGGGGAUGUAAUUUCUAUUGGACGCUCAUCUACUCAAAAUGGCGAAGAUAAGUCUGUACCAGCAGACAUGCUAUUGUUAGCUGGAAGUGCUAUUGUCAAUGAGGCCAUUCUCACUGGAGAAUCUACUCCUCAGUGGAAGGUGUCCACCAUAGGCAGAUCUGCUGAGGAGAGGCUGUCCACUAAAAGAGAUAAAACUCAUGUGCUGUUUGGUGGUACAAAAAUAUUGCAGCAUACUCCAGAUAAGUCUUUUCCUCUGAAAACCCCCGAUGGUGGCUGUGUAGCUGUUGUCUUACGAACCGGAUUUGAGACGAGUCAAGGAAAAUUGAUGCGCACGAUAUUAUUUUCAACUGAAAGAGUCACUGCAAACAGCUGGGAAAGUGGACUGUUCAUCUUAUUCUUGGUUGUAUUUGCAGUUAUAGCUGCUGGUUAUGUAUUGAUGAAGGGGCUGGAGGACCCUACUAGGAGCAGAUACAAACUAAUCCUUAGCUGUUCGUUGAUUAUUACCUCUGUUAUACCCCCGGAACUUCCAAUGGAAUUAUCUAUAGCUGUCAAUACUUCCCUAAUUGCUUUAGCGAAACGUGGGAUUUUUUGCACAGAGCCAUUCCGAAUUCCAUUUGCUGGGAAGGUUGAUAUAUGUUGCUUUGACAAGACCGGAACCCUGACGUCAGAUGAUAUGGAAUUCUCUGGUGUGGUUGGAUCCACAGAAAGUUUGGAACUAGAGGCAAAUAUGAAAAAAGUACCUGGCCGAACUCUGGAAAUUCUUGCUUCAUGUCAUGCCUUAGUCUUUGUGGACAACAAGCUGGUUGGUGAUCCUCUUGAGAAAGCUGCACUUAAGGGAAUUGACUGGUCCUACAAAUCUGAUGAGAAGGCCAUGCCUAAGAAGGGUAAUGGAAAUCCUGUGCAAAUUGUUCAGAGACAUCACUUUGCAUCUCAUUUAAAGCGAAUGGCAGUGGUUGUACGCGUCGAUGAGAAUUUUUAUUCUUUUGUGAAGGGUGCACCUGAAACUAUUCAAGAUAUGCUCGUAGACUUGCCAUCAUCAUAUGUCGAAACCUACAAAAAGUAUACACGCCAAGGAUCCAGGGUUUUGGCCCUUGCAUACAAACCUCUUCCAGAGAUGACAGUCAGUGAUGCCAGAAACCUGGAUAGAGACGUGGUUGAAAGGGACCUAACUUUUGCUGGUUUUGCGGUUUUCAACUGUCCUAUCCGCCCCGACUCAGCCUCCGUACUGUCUGAACUAAAAGGGUCCUCGCAUGAUUUGAUGAUGAUCACUGGUGAUCAAGCAUUAACGGCUUGCCAUGUUGCUGGUCAAGUGCAUAUUAUUUCCAGACCAGCAUUGAUUCUAUCUGCAUUAAGGGGUGGUGACAAAUAUGACUGGGUUUCACCAGAUGAAACUGAGACCAUACCUUUCAAUGCAAAAGAGGUUGAGGCCUUGUCUGACACACAUGAUCUCUGUAUUGGUGGCGAUUGCUUUGAGAUGCUGCAGCGGACAUCGGCUGUUCUGCAAGUAGUGCCAUUUGUUAAGGUUUUUGCUAGGGUUGCCCCAGAGCAGAAAGAGCUGAUUUUGACCACACUAAAAACUGUGGGAAGGAUGACAUUGAUGUGCGGGGAUGGUACAAAUGAUGUUGGAGCUCUCAAACAGGCACAUGUUGGGGUGGCUUUGCUAAAUGCUGUACCUCCAAACCAAAGUGGAGAUUCCUCUGAAGCUGCAAAAAAUGAAACUAGUGCAUCCAAGUCGAAGAAACAAAAGGUUACAUUUGAGGAUAAGAAAGCUGUGAAUCUUAAUGGCGAAGGCUCUUCAAGAAAGAGAUCUGUUUCAAAAUCUGAAUCCUCUAGUCAAGCAGCUGUGAGUAAGCAUCUGACUGCUGUUGAGUUGCAGAAGCAGAAGCUAGAGAAAGUGUUGGAAGAAAUGAAUGAAGAUGCGGAUGGUCGUUCAGCCCCCAUUGUGAAGCUAGGGGAUGCCUCAAUGGCUUCUCCUUUCACGGCAAAGCAUGCAUCAGUGGCCCCAACUACGGAUAUCAUUCGUCAGGGUCGGAGUACUCUUGUUACCACACUUCAGAUGUUCAAGAUCCUUGGCCUUAACUGCCUUGCAACUGCCUAUGUGCUUAGUGUUAUGAACUUAGAUGGUGUCAAGCUUGGUGAUGUCCAAGCGACCAUUAGUGGGGUUUUCACAGCUGCAUUUUUCCUAUUCAUCUCCCAUGCUCGGCCGCUUCAAACACUGUCGACCGAUCGACCCCACCCAAAUAUAUUCUGCUGCUAUGUUUUUCUCUCUCUACUUGGACAGUUUUCUGUCCACCUCCUUUACUUGAUUAGCUCGGUGAAGGAGGCUGAGAAAUACAUGCCUGAUGAGUGCAUUGAACCAGACUCUAAUUUUCAUCCAAAUCUGGUAAAUACAGUUUCAUACAUGGUUGGAAUGAUGUUGCAGGUAGCUACUUUUGCAGUGAAUUACAUGGGACAUCCUUUUAACCAGAGCAUUACAGAAAACAAGCCUUUCAUGUACGCUCUUGUAUCAGCAGUUGGUUUUUUUGUUGUCAUCACAUCUGAUUUGUUCAGGGACCUGAAUGACUGGCUAAAACUGGUUCCCAUGCCCAGAGCUUUAAGGGAUAAGCUUUUGAUUUGGGCAUUGGCUAUGUUCUUGACUUGCUAUUUCUGGGAGAAGUUUUUGAGAUGGGCGUUCCCUGGAAAGAUGCCCGCUUGGAGGAAACGCCAGCAACAAGCUGUGGCUAACUUGGAGAAGAAGAAAAACGUGUAAUUUUACAGAUGAUAUCCAUUUCUUCGCGUCAAUUGCCUGCUGCUGUUAUGCAUACAUAGAUGGAGCAAAAAGGACCUAGUUUUCGUGCGGUGGCAUUUUUGUUAGGAUAUGCUUCCCUAUUCUUUGUAAUGUUUAGAGAGCUGUUUAUUAUAAUUACAAUUAUGUUCCUUUGAGCACCCAUGGUGAUUAGUGAAAGGCGUCACUGAUAUUAAACUUAUACCUGGGUAGAGGGUUUUAACAUAAUUUUUAGUUCAUUAUAUGAAAUGUUAUACAGAAAGGUAACUUUUGCAAUCUUUUCAUUUUGCUGUGAUUGAAAUUCUUGUUCCACA